CUGCGGCUGCCACACAGGCAGGCAGCCGAGCCGAGCGAGCAAUAAUUCGCACCGGCACACAGGAGCGGCAGUAAUGGCCGCGUGGUGCCGGUGCCAGUAGCAGGCAGGCAGGCAGGGGAGUAGCGCCACUGCACUGGGCACUGCUGACGCUUCGAGCCCACGCCCUUCCCUCCACCCUUGCCCCUCCCUCCCGAAACUCCCUCCCUCCCUUGGCCUCCUCAGGCCUCCCAAUCUCGCAGAGCGGCGGCCGUCAUUGGCCGGCGGCGGUGCGCGGCCCCGGUUGUUUCCUCCGGCGUCAGGUGCCCGUGAUCUGGUUGUUGCAGAGGCGGCGAGGUGAGGUGACGCGGCGGCGCGAUGAGGUGGCUCAAGUCGUUGGUUGGGCUGAGGAAGGUGGAGAGGCAGCAGCAGCGCCGCAAGGAGGAUGGCGACGCCGGCCCAACAAAAACAGAUGCCGUCGAUCAGUUCCACUUCCAGGAUCAGCACUCCCAGGAUCACGCUAGCCUUGUCGGACCAGAAGAGUUCCCUGAUGAAAAUGGUCCGUCAGAAGAUGAGUGCGAUACACCUUCAUGCUCAGGACCUGGUUUCAGUAUGCUUAGUGUGCCACUGCCUCAAACAGAAGAGGAGCUCAAAGAGAUCUGGGCUGCCACAAUUAUUCAGACUGCAUAUAGAGCCCUACUGGCUAGGAGAGCCCGCCGAGCUUUAAAAGGACUGGUUAGGCUUCAAGCCCUUGUAAGGGGUCAUAUAGUGAGAAAGCAAGCUGCUAUAACACUUCGGUGUAUGCAAGCUUUGGUCAGGGUACAAGCCCGUGUUAGAGCAAGGCGGGUUCGUGUGGCCUUGGAAAAUCAGAUGGAUGAGCAACAAAAUAAUGUAGAAGAGCAAACGGACGAGGCACAUGUUCGAGAAGUUGAGGAUGGGUGGUGCGAUAGUAUAGGGUCUGUGGAAGACAUCCAAGCAAAAUUGUUGAAGAGGCAGGAAGCAGCAGCCAAGCGUGAGAGAGCCAUGGCCUAUGCCCUUUCUCACCAGUGGCAAGCAGGUUCAAGGCAACAGGCAGCCAUUACAGCUUCUGAACUAGACAGGAACAGCUGGAGCUGGAAUUGGCUGGAGAGAUGGAUGGCCGUCCGCCCGUGGGAGAGUCGGUUCCUUGGCAUGUACGCAGCAGAUGGAAUUGCCAUUGAUACCGGAGCGCACCAUGCUGAGGGAAAUGCAACCAAGGCUCCAUACAGGAAACCUGUGAAAAAGCAGGUUUCAGCUCUUCAUUCAAGUGUGUUGAUCCAGAAGGCCCGCCCCUCGAACUCAGAGGGUGGUGGCUCCUUGUCGAACCCGUCUGCCGGUUCGGCGUCAGCUAAACCGAAACGGAAGCUGCCACCAAAGGAAGGUUCUGAUGAAGUCUCGUCUCGUCUUUCGGGACUUGGUGCCCGGAGCAGUAGUAAUCCUAAGGAGAGGCCUGGGCAGUUACAACCUCGGGCCAACAAGAGGUUCUCCUUGCCUGGCACUGGCACAGAAGUUGGCAAACGGCAAGUGAAUAAACCUGCGACAUCUGCUGGUGGGUACAUGGUGGCCUUUGCCGGGAGGAAAUUCGCGGCAAGGUCGCCGCCCGUGUUCGUCGGCAACAGCUCGUACACAGUCACCGGCUUCACCCUGGUGUUCGAGUUCCACAAGGGCACGCUCCAGAACCUCUUCUGGAAGGCGGACGGCUGCUCGUCGUGCUCCGGGCAAGCCAACUUUGGGUGCGUCGAAAACAGCUGCGCGAUCAAGACGUCGAGCUGCAAGGGCAGCGGCGGCGGGCAGGUGGACUGCAGCCCCGGGAUCCAGCUCGCCUUCUCCGGCACCGACAAGCACGAGGCAGUGCUCAACUCGUGGUACGAGGUGUCCAAGCUGAAGCAGUACUCCCUCUUCGGGCUCUUCUCCAACCUCAAGGACUCACUUGCGGGGCAGUUCAGCAACUUCUUCUAGCAUGUCGUGCGUGCUCGGUCACGGUCAGUCCCCCCGGCCGUCUUCCUCCUCCUCGUGCAGCUUCAUAUUGCGUCGUCGCCCGUGUACUGUUUGUUGUCCCGUGCCGUGUAACGUUUGUGACCAACUGCUUUGUGUAUCGAUUAUCAGCUGCUAUGUACACUCGUUAACUGUUAGGUAUAGAGACAAUGUAAGCUACGUACGAAACUAGUGUAUUUUUGUAAUGUAUAAUGGAAUUUGUGUAGUUUUGUGGUGGUA